AUGGCACCGAUCAAAGUGAUCAAUGCAAGUCUUGGACGUACAGGUACUAGCAGUUUCUGUGAAGCCAUGGACAUUCUAGGAUACAAUUGCCAUCAUAUGAAGAGAUUGCUGGCAGAUCCCACAUUCGAAACAAGCAAACCAUUUUACGAGGCAGCUUUGAACAGAGACAAAGCUGACUGGGAUAAGGUCUACGCUGGCUAUGAUGUAACUACCGAUUUCACAGGUGCUUAUUUUUGGAAGCACCUCUUUGCCAAGUACCCUGACGCCAAAGUUAUCUUGACUGAAAGACCUUUUGAAGAGUGGUUCAAGUCCAUGCAAAACACCAUUUAUCCUGUCAUCCGCGCCAAGGUUCAACUCGAGCCUGAUCACCCUCGAUAUACAUUCAGACGACUGUCUCUCAGGGUAGUUUUGGAGGGCAUUAUUGAAGAUGAUGACAAGUAUUUGAACCAAGAGUUCAUGAGACAGUAUUAUAACAACCACAUAGAAGAGAUAAAGCGCAUUGUGCCUGCAAAUCAAUUGUACUGUCUCAAGCUCGGUGAAGGCUGGGAAGGGCUUUGCGAGUUCCUUGGUAAAGAUAUCCCUGAUGUACCCUAUCCCAACGUGAAUUCAACAGCUCAAUUUAAUGAGAAGAUAAGACUGGCAAGGGCCAGUAAUGCUGCUGCUGCUGCUGCUGCCGCUGCCGAGACUCCAGAUACUCCCGUUAAAGAACUGACAAUCGGCGCAACUUCGACCUGA